AUGGGUAAUACUGACAAGAGCGCAAAGAGUGAGUCCAAGAAGGAGAAGCGUGAGCGUAAGCUCGAGAAAAAAACCAAAAAAAGAUCUAUUGAGGAAGAAGUUGACAAGCCAUCUACCGAAGCUGAAAACACACAAGCCUCUGCUCCAAAGCAUGCCGAUUUCGAAGAGUUAGAAAUCGACUUAAGCGCAGGAGUUCCUCUUUCGAAGAAGCAGCUGCGUUUGUUAAAGAAAGGGAAGUUGGACUUGGAAAGACUUGCUAAGAAGCAUCCAGUUCCCAAACCAGAGCUUACUGAAGAGGAAAAGCUUGCCCAGGAGGAAGAAGAUAAGAAGAAGUCCAAGAAGUCAGAGUUUGCAGUAUGGAUCGGAAACUUAUCGUUCGAUACUACUAAAGAGGACUUGGUUCGUUUUAUUGUCGGAAAGACAGCUCACAAUGGAGAAGACGACUCUCAGUUAAUCAAGAUCGAAGAAGCAGAUAUCACCAGAGUGAACUUACCCAAGAAGGAAAACAAAAUCAAGGGAUUUGCAUAUAUUGAUUUGCCCAGUGCCGUACAUGUGACCAGUGUAGUUGCUUUGAGCGAAUCUCCUUUGAACGGAAGAAAGUUGUUGAUCAAGAAUGCCAACUCGUUUGAAGGUAGACCAGCUGCUGCUGUUGCUCCCUUGUCGAAAAAUCCACCUUCUCGUAUUCUUUUCGUAGGAAAUUUGUCGUUUGACACUAGUGAAGAUAACUUGGAAGAACACUUCCGUCACUGUGGUGAAAUUGUUCGUAUAAGAAUGGCUACAUUUGAAGAUACCGGUAAGUGUAAGGGCUUCGCAUUCAUUGACUUUAAAGACGAAACCGGUCCUACCGCUGCGUUGAAGUCGAAGUUGGCCAAGAAGUUGAUCAACAGACCGCUCAGAUUAGAAUAUGGUGAAGACAGAUCUAAAAGAAACCCUAAUCAUAUCAGAAAGGCAGAAGUUCAAGAAGGAGAAGUUGACGAUUUUGCUCCUAAUAGUAACUACGAGAAACCACAAAGAGCAUCAUCAACUCCUAAGAAGAGAGUAUUCAGAGACGAUAAUCAUAACCACAGCAAUAAGAGAGUCAAGUCGUCGGUAGCUUUGGCCACAGCACAGAGAGCCAGUGCCGCCAUUGUUCCAUCUUCAGGUAAGAAGAUCACAUUUGACUAG